AUGAUGCCAGGGCAGAUUCCGGAUCCAUCCCUGACAGCUGGCGCUCUACCUGGGCUUGGCCCCUUGACAGGACUCCCGGGUACCACCCUGACGGUGGAAGAGCUGAAGUACGCUGACAUCCGCAACAUUGGGGCUAUGAUCUCACCACUGCAUUUCUUGGAGGUCAAACUUGGGAAAAGACCCCAGCCUGUGAAAAGUGAGCUGGAUGAGGAAGAGGAGAGGAGGAAAAGGCGCCGUGAGAAAAACAAAGUAGCAGCAGCUCGAUGUCGCAACAAGAAGAAGGAGAGGACAGAGUUCCUGCAGCGGGAGUCCGAGCGUCUGGAGCUCAUGAAUGCCGAGCUGAAAGCCCAGAUAGAGGAGCUGAAGCAGGAGAGGCAGCAGCUGAUUCUAAUGCUGAACAGACACCGUCCCACUUGCAUUGUGCGGACAGACAGCAUCAAGACACCGGAGAGUGAAGCCAACCCACUGCUUGAACAACUAGAGAAAAAGUGAAGGUGGCACUGGCCAGGACAAGGAGGAGACAACAAAUUGGGGUCUCCAAAAAGUCGCCUAUGUACUGUAUGAAGAACUGUGCACCGAGGCCUUGUCCAGCCAGAACCCAGUGGGCUUUCUUGGGGAUUACAGGCCAACCAAAUAAGAGGAAGGAGAAGAUCAGGAACCUGCCAUUCAUCCCACUCUGAGGCUGAAGCUGGGAUGGGUCUAGCAGCUGUGGUGAGGGCAACCCCUUGCAAUACCUCUUCAUGGCCCUUCAGCCUGCUCAUCAGCCCCAGGGAUCAAGCAAGCAGCCCGUUUCAGGGCAUCCUGAAGCUGGAUCACGUUGAGAUACGGGGAGGGGAAGUUGCAGCUUCUUCUCUUCCCACACCUACUGGUAUGCACCUAGCUGGGAGUGGAGGCUUGACCCAGGAGAAAUGAACAUGUGUGGGAGAUGGAUGGCAGGCAAAGACAUGCUGGCUAUAUCUCCCAGGACUGUCCUAUCUCCGUCCCUCUGGAUCCUGCCACUGCUCCUUGCGCACACUCCGGAAUGGAAUCCGAAACAAAGAAUUGCAAACACUUGACACAAGCCCUGCCUUGCGGCUGGGCCUGUCCAUGGCACUGUGGCGCAGGCGCCCCACAAGCACACUCAGUAUAAUGUUUACAGCCCAGCUGUCCCUGUCGGCCGUGCUUUUGAAUGCACAUUUUUACACUUUUUUAUAUUUUUUACAAAGUUUUUAUACAGCUGUCUCUAUAUGGAUUUAUAUAAUCACUAGACGUGAUCCCAUAGAAAUGUAUGAUAUAAUGGCCCGUUUGUUACAAAUGCAUAUGCCACAGUUAUCUCAUUGUGUUACUUGUUAGGUGGUGUCUGGCUCCUUUCCCCUCGGCAUGCUGGAAAAGGGGCCCAUGCAGCCCUCCACACUGGCUCCGCUACCAUCUCCAUCCAUGUACGUUUUUCGUAAUAUGCAGUCCUGUAUCUCUCAGUAAAUGU